GAGGAGGAGGAGGAGGAGGAGGACGACGACCCAGAUGAGGAAAAUCCAAUCCAUCAUCCCGUGAACCUCUUUUCGGACGAAGCCGAACCGGAAGCCCAAGAUGGACCAGAUCAGGAUGUUUCCGAAGAAUUCCACAGUCCAAUACCUGCACGACAUCCUGCCACCCAGUCCCCCGUGGAGGUGCAGGUUCCUAUCCGUACGAAUGGUUCCUGGAGGGAUGGCACACGGAGAAAUCAAGCGGGGACAAAUAAAUCACUGUCCUCGCAAAAUGGAUACAGGAAUCAGGUACCGGAGACCCCGGCUCAACCUCGUCGAAGACGAAGAGAUCAUGACACUCGCAAGGAGGAUGCUGCAGAUCGGCCAACGGCGUCGUCCAGGAGAAAUGAAUCCCUAAACCGACGACCUUGUCCUAUUCCGGUCGAGGAUCACGAGGUCCGGCUCGGUAUUUUUUCUUGGCUCAACGAUACCGUGAAGGAAUCUGGAUUCAAGGAGGAUUGGCAGAUAAUUUGCCGACCGAGGAGAGUUUUGAAACUACGGGCCGAUUUCUUCAUGAAGGAUCGUUUUACAGGUCCAAGCAAGCUUAUCCAACGUCUACGCGACCUCUAUAAAACUAUGGCCCGUGAACCCUAUUCAGCCAACUCUUCCAUGACAGACCGGUGUCGACUCAUCGCCAACAGCAUUUUCAACGAAGGCCAGCUAGUUCUCAUCGAGGAAGCCCUGGAGUAUGAAAAUGAAGAAACUGGCGGACAUUUGAUUAAUCAGUUUGAAGCACAUAUUGUGCCUGACUUGAUCAAGCUGCUCAUUGUGGCAUUCAAGACCUACAAGACUGUGGGAGACGACGCGAAACCACACCUCCGCAUUGUACUGGAUUUACUCUGGGCCAUAUGUCACCGGAUAUCUUCUAUUCAAGAUGUUGAUGAUCGCAUUGGCCCUUACGUACAAGCUACAUCUCAUGAGGUCCUUUCGCAUGUCAAGGUCGUCAAAGAUGCACUUAAUGAUGGUCGACUGCAUGAAAGACUUAAUCUGGCCAACCGAGUCCCCAGAAGGUACAAACAUUUUGAACUGACAGAGGUUCAAAGCAAUAUUACUUGUGACCCGUGGACCGGGUCAGAGAAACAGGCACUCCUGGAAGGAUUAAAUGAGUUCAGUGAUGAUGAAGACACACUUGUUGAUCUAAAGUGUGACAUGAGAUAUGGACCUGCGCUCGAAAGGCGUACUCUCAAAGAUCUACAGGCCAAAGCACAGCGACUAGGGCUAUGA